UAGGCAAUAGAGAUUAGCACAAUACUUUUGCCGUGGGCAGCGGGAGUGAUUUGGGUUCCAGAGUAGUUUCACGGAAACUCUUCGUGCGCUCUGCCCUAGUGUGUUAGUGAGCUUUCAAAGCGUCAAAGUGAAUUGAAACCACAUUGUAUUUCGUGAAAACGCUUCAUUUUCUUUCAUUUGACCACUAAUCUGGACACAGUCUAGGAAUCUUCUACUGGAAGUUGCAAGGAGUUGUGUUUCACCAUGUCACAACAUCUCAGACCUAGAUUGUGUGUUAUUGAAAAAGGCGACAGCGGGUACGGUUUUCAUCUUCACGGUGAGAAGGGAAAGACGGGCCAGUACAUCCGCUUAGUGGAGCCUAAUUCCCCGGCAGAUGUCUCUGGUCUUCGCGCGGGGGACCGUGUUAUGUUCGUUGAAGGGGAAAGCGUGGAGGGUGAAAGCCAUCAGCAAGUCGUGUCCCGGAUACGCGCCGCCGGGGGCAAGUUGGAGCUCAUCGUUGUUGACGAGGAAACCUCGCAGCUACUCCAGAAAUACAAUUUAAAGUGCGAAAAAGAGUAUGUAACGGGAGGAAUCCCAGUGCCAGGCAGCGACUCAGACCAUGAAGACGAGGUUAAGAACGGCUCCUCCCGAGGCUCGUCUCCUGCCCCCGACAGAAAUGGAGAGAGACUUAGUGACUCCAAGGAUGAAUUGCGUCCACGUCUGUGUUAUAUGAAGAGAGGAAGUGCGGGCUAUGGCUUUAACCUGCACAGUGAGAGAAACAAACCAGGCCCGUACAUCCGAGCCGUGGAUGACGACUCCCCGGCAGAGAAGGCUGGACUUCGCCCACAAGAUAAAAUAAUACAGGUGAACGGUGUGUCUGUGCUGGAGAUGCAGCACUCAGAGGUGGUGGCGACCAUAAAGGCAGGUGGAGAUGAGACCAGACUCCUGGUGGUGGAUCCAGACACUGACGAGUUCUUCAGGAGAUGUGGUGUUAUCCCUACGGAGGCACACCUCACAGGCUCACUGCCUAGACCAGGCAGCGGUGGAGACACUGACGGCCAGUUUAAUGGGGAAAUUGGUCAGGAGACCACACCUAAACCAUCAGUCAGCCCCUCUCCAUCCAGCACCUCCUCCAACAACUCCAUCAAUACUGCACCUGCCCCUGGACGUGACAGCCCUCCACCGCCAGAGCAGGAGAGGAGCCCUGUCACAUCCCCGGCGUUGGCCAUGAGCUUGUCUCUGCAGGAGGCUAAGGAGCGCGCCCGUGGUAAACGCUCCAAUAAGAGAGCGCCAGCCAUGGACUGGAGCAAGAGAAACGAGCUUUUCAGCAACCUGUGAAGCAGCUGUCAUUCCAUUUCUCUCUCUCUCUAUCACUCUCUAUCACUCCAUUCACACUGCCCUCUCUUCUCUUUCCCCAAUGAACAUAAUCACACACACACACACACACACACACAAACACACACACUUAUCUGUAAACCCAUUAUUCCAGUGUUAUCUUACCUGUUUUUGAUUUUCAACUUGUUGAUUUUAGAAUUUAGCUUUUUUUUUUUUUUUUUU